AUGAGACCAAGACCUCGGAAAAAUCCCGGGUCUGCCAACUCGUCUCUUGAUAAGACCGUUUACCGACUGGUGAAGGAAUAUCUCGAGGAACAGGCUUUGGAUGACGCUAGAAAGAAGGGUCAACUGGAGUUGACAGGCGAAGAUGAUGAAGAAGACAAUGAAGAUGAUGAUAGCUUGUUAGCUAAACGAGAAGCUGAACUUAAUUUAUUGCUCAACUUGAGGAAGUUGCGUGUUACUGAAGCUAUUGAUAUUUGUCAGAGGGCCGAAUUGAGCCUUCGCCGUGUUAAGAGAGUAGCUUUAGAAGAAUCCGUAGGAAAGGCUUUUGAAUUGAUUCGAAAAGAAGAGAGAGAGAAACAAGCUGCUCUUAAAGAAGAACAACAGCUUGAUAGUGAUUUUGAAGGUGUUGAUAUCGAUUCUCUUAUGGACGUUAAAGAUACCAACCAGAUGAACAAAAACGUAAUCAACUUAUGGGACAUUCCUCCAGCAGAACCAAUAGCUAGAAUUGCCCGCUUGAAGACUGGUGAAGAAGAUGAAUCAAAAUCAGUCUCAAAAGGAGAUGGUGUGAAUGAGCUUGGUUCCAAGCUGGCUGCUAGUUCUCUUCCUGGAAGUGGAACAGCAACUCCAGUAGUAGCUACUUCACGCUCUGACCUUCCUCCUGAAAAGAAGAAAGCCAAAAAGGAGAGUGAUAAGAAGCGUAAAGAUAAGAUCGACCGCCGUCCAGCAAUCAAUAUCUCACUGUCGGAUAUUGGUGGUGUGGACAGAGUAAUCAAGCAGCUGUUGGAAAUGGUAGCUUGGCCAUUAUCACACCCUGAAGUGUAUACUGAGAUUGGAUCUGAUAUUCCUCGUGGUGUCCUUCUUCAUGGACCUCCUGGCUGUGGUAAGACAAUGCUCGCUAACGCAUUGGCUAAUGAUCUUGGGGUAGCUUUUAUCAAUGUGUCUGCUCCAUCUGUGGUUUCGGGCAUGUCAGGUGAGUCAGAAAAGAAGCUGCGAGAGAUUUUCGAUGAAGCCAAAACUUUGGCUCCAUGUUUACUAUUUAUUGAUGAAAUUGAUGCCAUUACACCUAAACGUGAAAGUGCUCAAAGAGAAAUGGAAAGGCGAAUUGUUGCUCAGCUGCUCACCUGUAUGGACGAUGUUUCAAUGGAGAAGACUGGUGGAAAGCCUGUUAUGAUUAUUGGCGCUACAAAUCGACCCGAUGCUAUUGACUCGGCUCUACGACGUGGUGGACGGUUUGAUCGUGAGAUUUGCAUGAGUGUUCCUGACCAGGAAGCAAGACAAAAGAUUUUGGAAACCAUGUCCAGAAAGUUGAAGCUUCAAGGAGGAGAAAACUUCAAUUUCAAACGUCUUGCUAAACUCACCCCUGGUUAUGUUGGUGCUGACUUGAAUGCCCUGGUGACUGCUGCUGGUGCAUGUGCUAUUAAGAGAGUUUUGAGCAAGCUUCCAGGAGAACAAUCAAAAGAAGACGAUAUUAAGACUAGUUUGGAUACUGUUGCUGAAACUAAUACCGUUGUCAAUGAUAUGGAAGUGGAUGAUGUCGAAGAGCAGAGACUAGAAGUUACUGCAAAUGGAUCUCAUAUGGAACCUGACUCAGUUGACAGUAGCACUGGUCAAAUUGAUAUCACCAUUACUCAAGUUUCAGAUGAGCAAGCUAACCCUCCUGUAACUACCGAGGUAACAAUUAGCAAUACUGCAUCUACCACUUCAAUUCCUCCAAACGAAAUUAAAUCAUUUUUAACUGCACACCCUGAUCCCCUGACUCCUGAACAACUUUCUGAAGUAGCUAUCACUUUUGAAGAUUUCCUUACAGCUCUUCCAUCUGUUCAACCAUCUUCCAAGCGUGAAGGUUUUACCACAGUUCCAGAUGUCACUUGGGAUGACGUCGGUGCCAUGAGCACCAUUCGUGAGGAGCUUGAAUACUCUAUCGUGGAAUCGAUUAAAAAUCCUGAACUGUAUGCUGCUGCUGGUAUCCGGGCACCAUCAGGCGUUUUGCUUUGGGGACCACCAGGUUGUGGUAAGACUCUUCUUGCCAAGGCUGUUGCAAAUGAAUCACAAGCCAACUUUAUCUCGGUUCGUGGUCCUGAACUCCUCAACAAAUAUGUGGGUGAGUCCGAAAGAGCAGUUCGACAAGUAUUCGUUCGAGCAAGAGCUUCCGAGCCAUGUGUGAUCUUUUUCGACGAGCUGGAUGCACUUGUACCCCGCCGUGACGAUUCGAACUCAGAAUCCUCAUCACGUGUAGUCAACACCCUCCUUACUGAACUUGACGGUGUCGGAGACCGCAAAGGCGUUUAUGUCAUUGCUGCAACGAAUAGACCAGAUAUGAUUGAUAGUGCCAUGCUCCGUCCUGGUCGUCUCGAUAAACAGCUUUAUGUCGAACUUCCGACUGCCGAUGAGCGAGUAGAAAUCCUCAAGACUGUUACCAGAACGACUCCUACACACGAAGACGUCGAUCUCGCAAUUAUUGGUCAUGAUGAGCGAUGCCGAAACUUCUCGGGUGCCGACUUGGCCAAUCUUACUCGAGAAGCUGCUGGUCUGGCCCUUCGUACUGUCAUUCAGGCACGUAAAAAGUUAGGGAACUUCGAAGACGGUCCAGCCGAUGUCCGUGUAACCGCUGCUCAUUUUGAAGAAGCCUUUUCGAAAGUCCGUGCCAGUGUGUCGGACUCGGAACGGGCAAAAUAUUCACGCAUGAAACAGCGUUCGGCAUGA